CCUCUCCCUCGUCCCUUCCUCUCUCAGACCCUACAUAUGAAAGAAAAUGUGCCAUUGGUGUUUCUGUGUCUAGUUUAGUUUACUUAACGUGAUGAUCUUUAAUUCCAUCCAUUUUCCUGCGGAUAACAUGGUGUCAUUCUUCUGUUAUGGCUAUAAGACACCCCACUGCACUUUGUUUUUGUGUCACUUUCUACCUAAUCCUUGGGUCUGCACCUCCUGUGCUCCUCAAGACUGUAUGUACUGAGCUUCUGUCCAGAACUGGGCUGUUAACCCCCAAUAGCUGCUUCUCUAUGGCACUGUGUCCUUUCCUUCUCUGUAAUUCUGUGCUGUUCCGCCUGCCUGUGUUGGGUACACCUACAGCAUGGAGCUCCUGCUCUGUGCGGGUCCUGUGUUGGUGACCGGAGAGGGAGAAGGACUAGUAAGGCUUACUCUCCACCCUGCAUUCUCUGCACACCCAUCACGCAGCACUGGUUUGCAUCAUGAAUGUGGCACUUCUGUGCUACUUCAGGACCCUGACUGGUUUUUCCAUGCUGUACAGGUGUCUGUACCAGGGGCCGUGCACAUCUUGUGCUUUGCUCCCUCACAUCAUAUAACUAGAUCCUGUGUCUGUACAGUGGGAAGCUGCUGCUUAACACACCUCAUCAUGGUAGUGUACAACCCUCUCUCCACGGAACCUUUAUAAAGUGCACAUCUUCCCACUACAUGAGUUUGUGCACACACCAUGCCCUCUACCCGCAGCCGUGCCCCACAGGGGAUCUGUGAACUCUGCCUCCUGUACUUCCACAUAGCGAGGCCCUCCACUGGGCUCUUCAUUUCUAUAUGGUGUCUACCCAUGACCUCUCUUUUCCUCUUACGCUGGCAAUCCAGCAGCCUUGCUGCUCAUGCUGGAAUUUGCGGUGCACACUGGACUAGGACAUGGGGAGUGGUCUGGGGUAAGUCCUCCUGCUGCAGCGGACGUCGUUCCAUCCUUGAUGGAGACGCUGGCUGCACCUUCGAAGAGACAAGUGACCCAGCAGUGCCCUGCGAGUACAGCCAGGCUCAGUACGAUGACUUCCAGUGGGAGCAAGUAUGGAUCCACCCUGGCACCCGGGCCCCUGCGGAUCUGCCCCAUGGUGCCUACUUAAUGGUCAACGCUUCGCAGCAUGCCCCAGGCCAGCGGGCCCAUAUCAUCUUCCAGAGCCUGAGUGAGAAUGACACCCACUGUGUACAGUUCAGCUACUUCCUAUACAGCCGGGAUGGCCACAGCCCUGGCAUCCUGGGUGUCUAUGUGCGUGUCAAUGGGGGCCCCCUGGGCAGCGCCGUCUGGAAUAUGACCGGAUCCCAGGGCCGUCAGUGGCAUCAGGCUGAGCUGGCUGUCAGCACCUUCUGGCCCAAUGAGUAUCAGGUGCUGUUUGAGGCCCUCAUCUCCCCUGACCGCAGGGGUUACCUGGGCCUAGAUGACAUUUUGCUUCUCAGCUACCCUUGCGCAAAGGCCCCGCACUUCUCCCGUCUGGGCGAUGUGGAGGUCAACGCUGGGCAGAAUGCAUCGUUCCAGUGCAUGGCAGCAGGACGAGCAGCUGAGGCAGAGCGCUUUCUCCUCCAGAGGCAGAGCGGGGCGCUGGUGCCUGCGGCCACUGUGCGACACAUCAGCCAUCGGCGCUUCCUGGCCACUUUCACGCUGCCUGCAGUCAGCCGCGCCGAGCAAGACCUGUACCGCUGCGUGUCCCAGGCCCCGCGCGGCGCUGGUGUCUCCAACUUCGCAGAGCUCAUCGUCAAGGAGCCCCCCACUCCCAUCGCACCCCCGCAGCUGCUGCGUGCGGGCCCCACCUACCUCAUCAUCCAGCUGAACACCAAUUCCAUCAUCGGUGACGGGCCGAUUGUGCGCAAGGAGAUCGAAUAUCGCAUGGCCCGUGGUCCCUGGGCCGAGGUGCAUGCUGUCAGCCUGCAGACCUACAAGCUGUGGCACCUCGACCCUGACACCGAGUAUGAGAUCAGCGUGCUGCUCACCCGCCCGGGGGAUGGGGGCACUGGCCGCCCUGGGCCACCGCUCCUCAGCCGCACAAAAUGUGCAGAGCCCAUGAGGGCCCCCAAAGGCCUGGCUUUCGCUGAGAUCCAGGCUCGCCAGCUGACCCUGCAGUGGGAGCCCCUGGGUUACAACGUGACGCGUUGCCACACCUACACCGUUUCCCUUUGCUACCACUACACCCCGGGCAGCAGCCACAACCAGACCGUCCGCGAGUGUGUGAAGAUGGAGCGGGGCGCCAGCCGCUACACCAUCCGGAACCUGUUGCCUUACCGCAACGUGCAUGUGCGCCUGGUCCUCACCAACCCCGAGGGCCGCAAGGAGGGCAAGGAGGUCACCUUUCAGACUGACGAGGACGUGCCUGGCGGGAUUGCAGCUGAGUCCUUGACCUUCACACCACUGGAGGACAUGAUCUUCCUCAAGUGGGAGGAGCCCCAGGAACCUAAUGGCCUCAUCACCCAGUACGAGAUCAGCUACCAGAGCAUUGAAUCGUCAGAUCCAGCGGUGAAUGUGCCAGGCCCUCGGCGUACUAUCUCCAAGCUCCGCAAUGAGACCUACCAUGUCUUCUCCAACCUGCAUCCAGGUACCACCUACCUGUUCUCUGUGCGAGCCCGCACAGGCAAAGGCUUCGGCCAGGCGGCACUCACCGAGAUCACCACCAACAUCUCAGCUCCCAGCUUUGAUUAUGCCGACAUGCCGUCACCCCUGGGCGAGUCUGAGAACACCAUCACCGUGCUGCUGAGGCCGGCACAGGGCCGCGGUGCACCCAUCAGUGUGUACCAGGUGAUUGUGGAGGAAGAGCGGCCAAGGAGGCUGCGGCGGGAGCCAGGUGGCCAGGACUGCUUCCCAGUGCCUCUGACCUUCGAGGCAGCUCUGGCUCGUGGCCUAGUGCACUACUUUGGGGCUGAACUGGCGGCCAGCAGCCUGCCUGAGGCCAUGCCCUUCACGGUGGGUGACAACCAGACGUAUCGUGGCUUCUGGAACCCACCACUUGAGCCCAGGAAGUCCUACCUCAUCUACUUCCAGGCAGCAAGCCACCUGAAAGGGGAGACCCGGCUCAAUUGCAUCCGAAUUGCCAGGAAAGCUGCCUGCAAGGAAAGCAAGCGGCCCCUGGAGGUGUCCCAGAAAUCGGAGGAGAUGGGGCUCAUCCUGGGCAUCUGUGCAGGGGGGCUUGCAGUCCUUAUCCUGCUCCUGGGGGCUAUCAUUAUUAUCAUUCGAAAGGGGAGGGACCACUACGCCUACUCCUGCUACCCGAAGCCGGUCAACAUGGCCAAGGCCACUGUCAACUACCGCCAGGAGAAGACCCACAUGAUGAGCGCUGUAGAUCGGAGUUUCACAGACCAAAGCACUCUGCAGGAGGAUGAGCGGCUGGGCCUGUCCUUCAUGGAUGCACCAGGCUAUAGCCCCAGGGGAGACCAGCGCAGCGGUGGGGUCACUGAGGCCAGCAGCCUCCUGGGGGGCUCACCGAGGCGUCCGUGUGGCCGGAAGGGCUCCCCUUACCACACGGGGCAGCUGCACCCUGCAGUGCGUGUGGCGGACCUUCUGCAGCACAUCAACCAGAUGAAGACGGCUGAGGGCUAUGGCUUCAAGCAGGAGUACGAGAGCUUCUUUGAGGGCUGGGAUGCCACAAAGAAGAAAGACAAGCUCGAGGGCAGCCGGCAGGGAUCGAUGCCUGCUUAUGAUCGGCACCGAGUGAAAUUGCACCCGAUGCUGGGAGAUCCCAAUGCCGACUACAUUAAUGCCAACUACAUAGACGGUUAUCACAGAUCAAAUCACUUCAUAGCCACUCAAGGGCCGAAGCCCGAGAUGAUCUACGAUUUCUGGCGCAUGGUGUGGCAGGAGCACUGCUCCAGCAUCGUCAUGAUCACCAAGCUGGUAGAGGUGGGCAGGGUAAGCAGGUCUGGGGGGUUACUGGGGGCAGGGCGGUCCCUGGCGGAUGUGAAGAACCCACUGAGUCUGGGCUUGUGGGGGCUGCAGGUGAAGUGCUCACGGUACUGGCCAGAGGACUCAGACAUGUAUGGGGACAUCAAGAUCACACUGAUGAAGACAGAAACAUUGGCCGAGUAUGUUGUGCGCACCUUUGCCCUGGAGCGGAGAGGCUACUCUGCCCGGCACGAGGUCCGCCAGUUCCACUUCACAGCAUGGCCAGAGCAUGGUGUCCCCUACCAUGCCACUGGGCUGCUGGCCUUCAUCCGGCGUGUCAAGGCCUCCACACCCCCGGAUGCUGGGCCCGUGGUCAUCCACUGCAGCGCGGGCACCGGCCGCACAGGCUGCUACAUUGUCCUGGAUGUGAUGCUGGACAUGGCAGAGUGUGAGGGCGUCGUGGACAUUUACAACUGUGUGAAGACCCUCUGCUCCCGGCGUGUGAACAUGAUCCAGACAGAGGAGCAGUACAUCUUCAUCCACGAUGCAAUCCUGGAGGCUUGUCUAUGUGGGGAGACCACCAUCCCUGUCAAUGAGUUCAAGGCUACCUACAGGGAGAUGAUCCGCAUUGACCCUCAGAGUAAUUCUUCCCAGCUGCGGGAAGAAUUCCAGACGCUGAACUCGGUCACUCCACCGCUGGACAUGGAGGAGUGCAGCAUCGCCCUACUGCCACGGAACCGCGACAAGAACCGUAGCAUGGACGUCCUGCCACCGGACCGCUGCCUGCCAUUCCUCGUCUCUACCGAUGGUGACCCCAACAACUACAUCAAUGCGGCCCUGACCGAUAGCUACACUCGGAGUGCGGCCUUCAUCGUGACCCUGCAUCCGCUGCAGAGUACCACGCCUGACUUCUGGCGGCUGGUCUAUGACUACGGCUGUACCUCCAUCGUCAUGCUCAACCAGCUGAACCAGUCCAACUCGGCCUGGCCCUGCCUGCAGUACUGGCCAGAGCCAGGUCGGCAGCAGUAUGGCCUCAUGGAGGUGGAGUUUGUGUCUGGAACAGCAGAUGAAGACUUGGUGGCCAGAGUCUUCCGGGUGCAGAACAUCUCUCGGCUGCAGGAGGGCCACCUGCUGGUGCGGCACUUCCAGUUCCUGCGCUGGUCUGCCUAUCGGGACACGCCUGACUCCAAGAAGGCUUUCCUGCACCUGCUGGCUGAGGUGGACAAGUGGCAGGCGGAGAGCGGGGAUGGGCGCACCGUUGUGCACUGCCUAAACGGGGGUGGCCGCAGCGGCACCUUCUGCGCCUGCGCCACGGUCCUGGAGAUGAUCCGAUGCCACAGCCUGGUGGAUGUUUUCUUUGCUGCCAAAACCCUCCGGAACUACAAGCCCAACAUGGUGGAGACCAUGGAUCAGUACCACUUUUGCUAUGAUGUGGCCCUGGAGUACCUGGAGGGGCUGGAGUCAAGAUAGCGGAGCCCUGGCCUGGGGCACCCACUGUGCACUCGGGCCAGGCCCACCAUACUCAGCUGGAGAGGAGGACCUGUGCCCCCAAAUCUGCUCAGCCAUAGCUUCAUGGGGAAAGCUCUGGAGUGGGUGCUGGGCCAUCUUCGUGGCCCCUUCCACUGUGGGCAGAGCCUUUCACUACGUCCACGGGCAAGCUGUGGCCAAGGAGGAGCUUAGCAAGACCUGCAGCCCAGCCCCACCUCCAGAGGGUCCUAUAGGCACAGUGACAGCAGCUCAGAAGGGCCAGCUCUGGGGGACUCAGGCCAAGCCUCUGACUAUCCUAGCCAUUGGUAGAAAUGAGUGGGGCCUUGCAGAGAGAGUAUCCUAGGCCAAGGUUUCUGCCCAGCAUGGCCCCUUCUACACUUGUGUGGAGGGUACACUGAGGCUUGGCGUCUGGCCCCUGAGGGUUCUGGGCAGGCUGGACUCUGUCCUGAUUUGCCUGUGGGACACACCGACCACCGUCUUCGGGGGGGUCUGCAGCACCCUCCUCCACCCCACUGCCUCCUGCAGCCCCUGGGGUGUUUUGCUCACCGUCCCUCCCCACUUCUGCUUCUGAUAUUGUGCUCUGAACUUCCUGGAACCAGGAUCUGCCCAUGCCUUCCAUGCCUCAUGUGGGGUUCCUUCCCUGCCUGAACCAGUGUCUGCAGAAUGAAGUCACCUCAGUCCUCUCUUCCCAUAGCCUUGAGGCCUCUGUGGGUUGGUUCUGCUCAGUUUGGACCAGUGAUAAUCUGUGAGGUUGAACCAGCAUCCCUGGGGUUGGGAUCCGAUGGCUCCUGGUCAGGCUGCCUAUUGGGGAGAGGGCAGUGCUAGAGCAGGGCUGGUCCCAGCCCCCAGAGCUCAACUCUGGGAUGGAGGAUCAGUGCUUCUGUUUAUUUUGUUAUUUUGACGGGUGGGUGGGAAGGUCUCUUUAAAGUGGGGCAGGCCACACCCCCAUUUCGUGCCUCAAUUUCCCCAUCUGUAAACUGUAGAUAUGACUACUGACCUACCUCACAGGGGGCUGUGGGGAGGCAUAAAGUAAUGUUUGUAAAGCGCUUUGUAAAUAAAUGUGCUCUCUGAA